AUGAAACCCGUGACGCAGCUGAAGACGCCUUACAACCAAAAUCUCUCGGAGAACAUGCUCAACCGCCUGAACCAACUGCAGCAAGUCGAGAUCCUUGAGAUUGCCAAAUGCAAUCUCAUCAAGAUCCCCCCGUCCUUAGAGGAGUUGGAGGGUUUGAUGAUCCUGACCCUGUCCUACAACAAUAUCCGUGCCUUCGCAGAGACGGAGAUGGAUACACUGGGAACUGUGAGAUUCUGCCUCCAAGGGGUAUGGGAACCUCCAGAACAGGCUGUGCAAAUUCGCUUCGAGCUGGCCCGCUGCGAGGCUCUCGAGAGAAUCGUGCUGGCCGGGGUCAUCAACCUGUCACACAACCGUCUCACCGUGUUGCCCAACGACUUCCCCCGCACCGCAGGGAAAGCCUUAAGCUAUGUGGACCUGUCAUACAACCAGUUGACCAUGGUCCCUUCUGCAUUGAUGGAAUGCGGGCUGCGGGAGUUGCGGGAGUUGAACUUGUCCAACCGACUCACCUCGCCGGACAAGUAUGAGCUGGGGGACCCGCUGAAGAAACUCAGGAAACUCUUCUUGUCCUUCAACGAAUUGGUGACUUUGCCAGAGGACAUCGGCAUCAGUGAAAAGCUGGAGAAGUUGCGGAUCACUUCCAACCAAAUCAAGAGGCUGCCCUAUUCUAUCUUGAAGCUUUGGAAGAAUGCUACCCCACCUGGUCAGCUUGAAGAGCUGCUGGUGGAUCGAAAUCCACUGCUAGUGCCAACCAUCACCGCCUUUGAGAUGGAAAGUGGCACUGGCGGCAUGAACCGAGCCUUCGAGCUCUUGCAGGAACAUCAAAAGGAAGACGCACAAGAAAAGAGGCGCCUCUCGCAGCAGCGAGCCCUGAAAGAUCAGGAGGAGCGCCCUGCCCUGCCACCACCGGAGGAGCCCAUCCCUGAGCCAAUGGUGAUGGUCGCAGACACCGCCACUGCCCGAAAGGAGGAAAGCUUUCUGGAUCGAUGGUAUUUCGGACAUUGUCUUCAUGAUCAGGUGAAAGUGAUGGAGAUUCGUGAAGCAGAGGAGAGAUACCUUGUGAGAAAGAGGCAAAAGUUCAUGGAGGCUCAGAAAUGGCUUGCACAGGAAGAGGGAGAGUCACGAGGAAAGGUGUCGGACCAGAUGAAGAUCUUCCUGAACAACAACUGCUACCAAGAGUACCGGGGUCGCAUCAAGACGCAGGACAUUGAUUUGUUCUACAUCCACUUCAUGAUGACGGCCAAACAGGUGCAUGAGUCGGCGCGUGCUUGGUUCAGGAAGUUUGUGCCCGGCGGCCGGAGCUACAUGACGAAGCAGGAAUGGUGUGAGCUGUGCUUGAAUCACAAAUUGGAUGUGCGGCAAAAGAUGAUGGAUGAGUUGUGGGACAUCAUCUAUUCGGACAGCAUCCAUCCGCAUGGUCUUCCUGAAGCUCACUUCAUUGCCGCCUCCCAGAUCCACGAUAUCGAGGAGCGGGAUCCCUACAUUGUCCGCAUCGCUGAUGCACUCUGCUUGGACUAUUUCGAGGAGACAGUGGACAAGAUUGCGGAGAUCUCUGCACCCAACAACGACAACAUGGCGGAGCGGCUGGGGUCGUUCAAGGCCAACUUGGCCUUGUCCCCUCUGAACAGCACAGAUAGGCGAGAUCUCACAGACGAGCUAUCUGCGCCUGUGGGUUUGAGACCUGCUACCGAGCAGUUAACGCUGCUGCGCCCUGGCGGGGCCAUGACUGGUGCCAUGGAUAGCACGCUGGAGCUGAAGACCUUGCUGAAGAAGGUGAGCCUGUCCGAGUAUGACUGUCAGCAAGUGAACAAACUGGAUGGCAUUGAGGACCGCAGUGUGGCGGAGUCCGAGCGCUCCGUGGACUCUGCGGAACUCUCCGACGACGCGCCGUCGGACAUGACGGAGUUCGAUGCUCAAGCCUUCCUACUGGAUGAGUUGGAAGAGACCCAGGCAGCAGCCACCAGCAGAGCUCCCUCGCGUGUUGCCAUCAACAGCGACUCAGCGCUGCGGCGGCUCAUGGAGGUUCCAGUCAAGGAAAUUUGGGAAGGACGACGUCAAGCGCGAGAAGCGGUGGAGGUGUCAGGCCCCUUCAAACGACAGGUGUUGAACAAACCCCAACGAGGAAGCAGGACUCAGGUGGGGGAGCUGGCCGUGCGCCGGGCCUUGCGGGACGUGUACCGCAACAUGCCCUUCCACGAGUUCUCGUCCUUCAUCAGGGAAAACAAGCCCGAGACGGCCGGAACUUUGUGGCACGACGAUGACCCAGCGUUCCGCUAUGCAGUGGGGGCAGCAGGGCACAACAAGUACACCUGUCGCCUUCUGGAGAUUAUGGGCUUUGUGCACCUGAAUGACAAGUACUGGAUCUGGCCCCUGGAGCACCUGAAGUCCGUGAAGCACGGGAAAUGCUGGGCACACCUACAAGUGCCCAGCGAUUGCCCAGGGAUGCUCAGGUGGGGAUGCCGGAUUUGAUCCAUGCUCCUGGCUCGGCAGCACGCGACUGGGAGAGAUGAUCAAUGUCUUGGCGAGCUGUGGCAAGCCCAGAGUUGCUGCUUACCCUUGGGAAAAACGAACAUUGCUAUGGAAAAUGGAUGAAAAUGGACCAUGGACCUGAUU